ACCCGGAGAUCAAGAACUCAGACUGCUCUCUAAAUCACCGAGAAAGCAUCCUAUCUCACUUGCCAUUAUGAUCGUUGGCAUGCGGUUUAGUUUGACUUUGGCUUCUGAACUACCCAAAACAUUAAUUUUUAGAUUGCUAAUUUUCCAAACUAUUUCUACAAAUAUGUUCUUAGUGGUCUUCCUGGAAGACAACAGCAGUGUGUCCAAAGCACUGGUCUGUUUCCAGUGCUUCAACUAGGUAACAGACCUCCUCUCCUCCACCUUAAGAUUAUAACAAACAACACUGCAACUGGGUAAGAAAAAAAGGAGGAUUAUCCUAAAGAGAUCCCAGCUCUCUUUUGUUAUGAACUCAGAAACAAAUUGACCUUUCUAUGAGCAAGAUGCUAUUCUGUCCGUCCAAAUGACAGAGACUGAAAGAGAGAAAGAAAAUUAGAUUUACAGAGCCCUUGAGGCAUUACAUCAGCUACAGUUUAUCUUGAAAUCUGAGACCCUAUUACAUGAUUGCAAGAUUAAUUAAUCGUUUAAGAAAGGUAUCAAUUUUUGAAGUUGAGCAACCACUGCAAAAAAAGGGCAUAGCCUGGUCUUCUGUUAAACUCAUACUAGUAAAGCAGGCAAAAGUGGGGGUGGAUAGAGUGAGAUACAGAGAGGCUGGGAAAGUGAGACAAAAAGAGAGAGAGAGAAUAAGCCAGAGCCAGAGAUAGCAAGGCUGGAAUCCUUCAUCAGUCUGUGGAGAAGAUUGUGACUCUUUUUACCAACUCCAGCAGCUGACGAAUUUGUAUUCGGUCUGGCAUGACAAUGAGUUACACUGGUCUUUGGACACUUCUCCUGCUUAUGUUGGCCAAACAGCGUCUAGCUUACAAGUUAUAUAACAAAACAUCAGGUGCCAUGAAACCAGCUCUUAUACAACUUUCAGAAUAUCUCAUGGCUGGCUACAGGAAGGAAGUCCGUCCAGUGAAGGACUGGCAAAUGCCUACUAAUGUUUCUAUCGAUGUUAUGGUGUAUGCCAUUCUCAAUGUGGAUGAGAAAAAUCAAGUGUUAACUACCUACAUUUGGUACAGACAGCACUGGAUUGACGAGUUCCUCAUGUGGAAGCCUGAGGAGUUUGAUAACAUCACAAGGAUAUCUAUCCCCACAUCCAGUAUCUGGGUACCAGACAUACUUAUCAAUGAGUUUGUAGAUGUGGGCAAAUCUCCAGAAAUCCCAUAUGUUUAUGUCUGCCAUGAUGGAGAAGUUCAGAACUACAAGCCGAUCCAGGUGGUUACUGCUUGUAGCCUUGACAUCUACAAUUUUCCAUUUGAUGUUCAGAACUGCACCCUCACUUUCACAAGCUGGCUACAUACCAUUCGUGAUAUCAACAUUUCCCUUUGGCGCAAACCAGAGCAAGUGAAAUAUGAUAAGAGUAUCUUCAUCAAUCAGAGUGAAUGGGAACUUCUUUACGUCCUGACUCAUUUUAAAGAAUUCAGUAUUGAUGGAAAGGACACAUAUGCAGAGAUGAAAUUUAAUGUUGUGAUACGAAGAAGACCAUUGUUCUAUGCUGUGAAUCUCCUGUUACCCAGCAUUUUCUUGAUGGUUAUGGACAUAAUAGGAUUCUACCUACCCCCUGACAGUGGAGAGAGAGUUUCAUUCAAGAUUACUCUUUUGCUGGGUUACUCAGUCUUUCUUAUAAUUGUAUCUGACACAUUACCGGCUACAGCUAUUGGAACACCACUAAUAGGUGUGUAUUUCGUGGUCUGCAUGGCUCUUCUGCUGAUUAGCCUGACAGAAACAAUCUUGAUAGUACGACUGGUACAUAAACAGGACCUCCAGCCUCACGUGCCAGAGUGGUUGAAGGAUCUAGUCCUUAGGAAAGCAACAGUUCUACUCUGCAUUCACAGCAAAAAACUGCAGUCUAUUCAGGAGUCAAUCACAGAAGCUCCACGGCAUGUGACAACCUCAGAUGACCAUAAAGGUCAGAAGAAAUUUAUGAAGGCAUUUGAAAUGCAAGGUGGAAAUGAAUCUGAAAAUCAAAGAGGAAAACCAAACCACAUUAACUCAGAUAAUGCCAAAGACUCGGACAAGUCCACCGGAAUCUCAGUAACACUGAAAGAGAACGCUUCAGUUGUAGAAAGCAUCUUAAAAGAGAUCUCAUCUAUCCGUCAGCACCUGGAAAAACGGGAUGAGUACAGGGACAUUGCUAAGGAAUGGCUUCAAGUGGGUUACAUUUUAGAUGUCCUCUUGUUCCGAGUCUAUCUGGUAGCAGUGUUAGCUUACAGCAUCACACUUGGUACCCUGUGGUCUGUUUGGCAGUAUGCUUGAGAUGACGUGAUGAGCAACAGAUAGAAUAAUGAAGAUGCCCAUGUUUCUGUGCAGUUGUGUAUAGUCAAUAAAGAGGAAACAAUAAGGUUAUAUGAUGCCCUUUUGGUGUCUGUCAACUUCAAUUGGGCAAGAGAGGCUCCAUUAUACCAUUCAUCACAUUUGCAGGUGGGCUAGUCAUCUAUACAUAUCAGUGUUUGAUCGAGCUGAUCCCAGCCAAUAGGAACAAUACAUCAGUCAGUGCUCAUGGUGGAGGGAGUUGAGUGCCUUGAUGCCAGUGAAGUUGGCACUCACCAUGCAAGGCUUCUGUUCAUUUUUACCUUGUUGAUCGCAAGGAAGCCUAUAUAAUUCACAUUUUGUAAUAAAGGAUUCUUCUUUAUAAUUUACACUGUAGUUGAGACAAUUUAUAAGCAGCUACAGGAGAUACAGGAGCUGUAAUUUGACUUGGGAUUUCCAUACCAGCAUGAUAAAGGGUACUUACGUGCAGUUUUCCAUUACUGACACUUUUCAGAGUAUUUCUAAGUAUACACCUGGGUCUUCAUUUUGUUGCCUGUAUGCAAAAUGUUUUCUGAGUUUUCUUUUUUUUUUCAUUAUGUAACUGGAUCUGCUAUUGUUUUAAGUGUCUUUUGAAAUGGUAGAUGUACAGCUGUACAUUACUGAUGAUAUAAUAUAUAUUAAGAUGUAUUAUAAAAUGAUCACGUGCAUCUGUGUGAAUUAGGCAUGAUACAGAGGUACGAAUAUACCAGAGAGCCUGGCUGUGGCAGGAUGCCAUACAGUUCUGCAUAAUCAAGCACAUUAUUAGAAUUAGAAAGUAGCAACAAAGCAGCAGAUUAGAAUUAGUCUUAAAUUAAUUAACAUAAGAGCUCAGACUGCUUCCACUAAUGAACUUUAAGCAUUUCUCUUAUUCAUCUUUAAUAUAAAUGAGAGAAUCAUUGCAAUGUCAUCUGCUUCUCUGUUUUAACAUCCGUGUUAACCAAAGAAUGUAACAAUUACACAUGGAUAGCUCUAAUAAUUAUUUGCAAAAACUUUGUAGCCAUUUGACCUGUUUGUAAAUACAAUGUAAGUAUUGUCUUCUUAUGUAAAUAAAGCACAAUAUUUGUCCUUU